ACCAAACUUGGCUGUGAUAUAAAAAGGCGAAUUAACUUGUUAAUAAAUCACUCAGUAAGUUGAUUUCAGUCUAGACAGGCUAUUUAGAAGAAAAAUAUUGUGUUGAUAAAAUAAUAUAAAAAUGGUUCCUAUCAUUGGUAAAUAUUUUUAUGAUAAAAGUGAGGGCUUUGAGAAGUACCUGAGUAAGAUUGGAGUAUCGAUUGAUGGUGAGGCUAUAAAACAUAUUGGUCAAAGCAAGCCUGAAUUAGAAGUUGCUUUGUUAGAUGACAAAUACACCAUCACUGUGACCAAUGGUAACAAAACUAUAGUCAACUCUUUUAAACUUGGUGAGAAAUUCACUGAAACACUACCGAUUGGUGCAGUUCUUGAGACUAUUGUUAGUACGGAUAAUGAAAAAUUUACCUUUGUCAGUACACUUCCUGAUGGUAACUCGGUCAUUCGUGAGUACUUGUUUACACUUGAAGGGAUCACUGUUUCUCUUUCUGAAAAAAAAUUUGGAGUCAAGGCAACCCGUUGGUACAAAAGAAAAAAUUAGACAAUCAACUUAAAAAAUAUUUUGAAACUUUGAAUUAUUUUAAAAGUCAAAUAAACAACUUAUAAAAAA